UUUUCUUCACUAUAUUUACCAUGCUAUUGCAAUGCUUGCAACAACUGAACUGCCUCCUCUCCGAGCGCUGCACUAAUUUAAACACAUAUUUCCAAGGUCAUACCGUCUACCACUCACGACUUCAAGGUCACAUUUCAAGUCCAUAUUUCGAUUCAAGGUCGCAUUUCAAGGCUAUAUUUCAAGGUUGCAUUUCAAGGUCAUAUUUCAAGGCCAUGUUUCAAGGUUACGUUUCAAGGUCACAUUUCGAGGUUAAAUAUGCGUUCAAGGUUGGCUCCCAAGGUCGACUCUCAAGGGCGUUCUAGAA